AUGGCGUAUCUCGUUGAUGGGGUCGCAGUUGUUACAGGCGCUGGAAGCGGAAUUGGCAAAGCCUGUGCUCUUUCAUACGCAGCCGAAGGCGCCCGGGGCGUAAUAAUCGGGGACCUGAACCUUACGGCCGCACAACAGACGGCGCAGGAAAGCGAGGCGGUAGCUGUAAACCCCGCGUAUCGGGCCCUCGCGGUCGCCGUCGACGUGACCGACGGAUCCAGCGUCGAGGAGAUGGUCUCGAAGGCAGUGAGCGGCUUCGGCCGCAUCGACUACCUCGUCAACAGCGCAGGAAUCGGCGUCAAGGAGCACCGCAGUGUCGAGGAGGUGAGCGCCAGCGAGAUGGAGCGGUUCUGGAAGGUCAAUAUCAUGGGGACGGUGCAUUGCACGCAGGCGGUGGCGCGGGUGAUGAAGGGGCAGAGUGUUGCGACGUUUCAGAGUCCGGGGAGUGGUGCUGCUAGGGAGGUUGGGCGUGGCGUGAUUGUGAACUUGGGCUCUGCAAACUCGUACAUGGCCACCCCGGAGGUCGCGCCGUAUGUCACUACGAAGCAUGCUGUGAUUGGGUUGACGAAGAAUUCUGCGCUGGAUCUCGCAAAGUACCAGAUCCGCGUGAAUGCCAUUUGUCCCGGGUGGACGCGGACACCGAUGGUGGAGGAGGCCUUGAACGGCAACCCGAACCUGGAUGGAAUGAUGAAGUCGGUGGUCCCGAUGAAGCGCAUUGCGUUUCCAGAGGAGAUUGCGGAUGUCGUUGUGUUUAUGACGAGUCCCAGAUCGAGUUAUGUGACGGGGGUUGGUUGGAUUGUCGAUGGGGGGUUGACGCUGCAGGUUCAGACUUGUUAGGAUCGUGCUGGGUCAAUAGUGUAUUGGAGCAUAGGGCUCUGGAGAAUCAAUAUACUGCAUUGUUUCACUCAUG